AUGCUUUCCUUGUUCGCAACCGAUUUAUCAGGGCCUGCUGAGCAUUUACAGUCAUCAGAUUCAAGAAGGUGGCAUUGGGCAAUGAUGACGCCCAACAAGUGGGCUUCUUUGAGCGGUGCUCACUGCAAGAAGAUUAUCGCGUGGAAGAAAGAGAUGGGCAAUCUUAUGGAGGUGUUUGGUCCUGAUAGCGACAUCAUGAGGAAGCUUGAAGGCCUCGCUACAGGCGCCACGAUCGAGCUGGUCGACGGCAAGGUCUUGGAGAUCGAUGGACCGGUUCAAAAGAAGGGUGAUCAUUUGAUCAAACUUGUAGUUUUUGGACCAUCACCCAAAAACUACGUAACAAUCUCAGUUGGCGGCACUGAGGUAUCGCAGCACUUGGCUGCUUUGCAGCAAAUGGUGGGUGCCAACCGAAAAGUGGCGGGUGAAGACAAACUCGAUUUUUCCGUUUGCAAGAUGGAUGGCGAGUGGUCGGCUGUGCAGGUAGCACAAUUUGCAAAGGAUGUUGCAACAAGCUUGGAUCAAACGCCACCAACAACCCACGACAUCUUUGUAUACGAUGGUGUCGCUUUUGUCAACACCGGCGGCCACAAUAUCCAAGGUAUAUGUUAUGCUCGUAUGUGUCUCUUUGUUCCACUUCAACUAAGCAAAUGUUGGUUUAUAGUCCUUGGAGUCUGUCCCACGGAUCAAACGAGCUCCAUACAUGAGUUGAUCGGUAUGCAUUGA